UGUGAUAAUGUUAUAAAAUGGUAAAAUGACAUUGACAGAUAUUGUAAUCGAGAUUAAAGACUUAUUGGGACUGACAGAUGUCGAGGUUCCCGAGGAAACUGAUAUCCUCAGAGGGGGGCAAACAUUGCUUCGACCAUUACACCAACUGAUUAUCGGUUUAUGUUUGGCAAGUCAUUUUAAUAACCAUAGAUAUUUUAUCAAUGGGAUGGAUGAUAUAAAGCUUGAAAAUGAAAAGUUGAGGGUUAUAAUAGAAUCUCUCAACGGUGAAACGCAAUGCCAUAUCCACGAUGCUCUAAACAUAUUAACAUAUUCGACUCUCGAACAGCUAGAAUAUCCUCGUAUAUCUAAAAUUACAUUAGACGAAAUACAAGAACCCCGUGAGCUGUUUUUAGCAUUCCUUUUCUUGAUAUCAAAGCAGCAAUGGUUCGAUAGAUUGGAAAAAAGAUGCCCAAUACAAUGGAAAUUUACAAACUGUAUUAUUAACUCAAUUGUUCAAGAAUUGAAUGAUUUAAAUCGACAAAAAUAUGCUGAGAUGAUUGAUAAUGAUGCUUUGCUAGAGCAGCUCCAAUCCUUAUGGGACAAUCAAAAUAUUGGUUAUGAUGAUAAGAUUUCUUUUGAUACGCCAUCAGCAUCGAAUGCUACACUGAGACAAAGGAAAUUCGCAUGUGGUAUGUCAUAUCUACAUAGCAAAAGCCUUACUCCAAUCGUGCUCAAAGAAACCAAACAACAUGUUCCGUGUGAUACGAUGGAUAAUGAAUUGUCUAAUUUUAGUGCAAAGGUGUCUAAAUGUAUGUCUUCUAUACGUAAUGCAAAAUCACAGCAAACAUGGAGGCAUCCUUUGCAGAACAAGGGCUCAUGCAUAGAAGCAAAGGAUUGUGCAGCACAUAAGAAUUCAUUAUUAGAUGAUAUAUCAAAAAUUAUAUCUCAUACUGCUAAAGAUCUAAAAGCAAAGGCAGAAUUGUUUUGUAGAUCAAAAGAUGCUGAAACAUUCGAUUCUGAACUCCUUAGGAUUAUAAUUGGGCAAAGCCAAGAUCAGAAUAUAUUCAACCAUCUCAUGGAUGACAUAGAGCAAGUAGUUUUAAAUGUAGAUCUGCAAGAAAAAGGCAAAGUGGCGAAUAUGGUGCAACAUAAUCGAAAAUCAGCAGCAAAUAGAAAAGGAGUGCUUAAUGUUGAUUGCAAUAACUCUAAUAGUCAAAUAAAUGUUGUACUAACCGAAAUUGGUCAACUUAGCAACUUUAUUGUUCAAAUGCAAUCUAGAUUGAAACGUUUAGCACAGAGCGUAGAACAGGGGGAUAUAGAAAGGCUGAAAAGUUUCACACGUCUAUCAGAAAAUCAAAAGGAUUAUGAUAAGCAAGCUCAUAAAAAACUGUAUGAGCAAGUUAAAACAAGUCAUUCAAGCAACAUCCAUACACUGGGUAAACCUACCCCUGCCGAAUGGGUUUUGAUUUGUCGAAAAGAGUCAUUUGAGAGGCAUUUAUCACUGCUUAGAAUGAUCAAGAAAUCCUUGGAAAAUGAAAUUAAAAGGACAUAUUUAUUUGAAUCGGGAUUGAAAAUGGUGCAAAUGUUUAAUCCUGAUUCUACGGCUAGAACUCCCACAAGCAACGUCCACAGUGCACGAGGGAGUAUCGCAUUGGUUAUUGUUCCUAAGAAAAUUAAGGAAAAUGUAAAUAUGCUAAAAAGUUUUAUCGUAGAGGGCAUAGCCACAGACAAUUUUGUCGAAGAAGAAGAACUAAAAGAUAAUAGUGCAAAACGAUGCGCAAUGGAUUUUUUAAGACAGACGAAUUCAAAUUUUUCGAAGUAUCGCAGUUCAUUGACAGCAAGCAAAAGUAAAAAAAGUUUUCAUAGCUUUCUAAGCAGUAUAUUGAAUCAAGCUGAGUUAGAGAAGGGUUUCUCUAAGGUGAACAAUAACAAAACGAAGAGCGUAAUCAAAAAUAUGCUACACUUGUUUGAUGAAGCAGAUAAAUACGAUCCCAAUAUAUAUUUUGCCAGUCUUUCGGCUUGGAUUCAACUGGAAGAACCACCUGUAAUUCCGGUAAAUGUGAUGGGAAGUCCAUCUCAUGCUAAACGAAAUGGGCCUAUUCCAUUGGAUAUAGAUGAAUUGGAACUGUUUGAUUAUAUACAAAUGAGUAAUUUAGUGAAUGAAGGUGAAAUUAGAGAAGCACCACCACAUGUACCUCAAACAAAUAUUGGGAUUUCUCCAGUUGCUAAUGAUGGAAUAUUUGACUUUGCUUACUAUUUUAAAUUAGCACAAAUAGAAUGUUCAUUUCGUCAAUCGAAAGAAAUAAUGAAAAUGGAACCUACUUUUAUGGCCCUGGAACAGCAAAUAAAGGAACAUGAUAAUAGUCUGGCUAAGUUAGAAUCGGCAUUAUUUGCAAAGGGUGAAGAACACCGCAAAAACAUUGGCAAUCAGUUGUCAAAUAUUGCCUUUAUAGAAUAAGAUAUUUGUCGUCUCAACUCCAUUU